AUGUCUCGGGGCAAGAGAUGCGCAUCUUUGGUGGUAGAGUUUGCUUUAAAAAGGCAGAGAAGACUGAUGUCCUCGGGAGGAGCGAGUAGUAGUAGUUAUAGUAUUAGUAGUAGUAGUAGUAGAAUUAUUAGUAGCUCUUUCGCUUCUUCGUCGUUUCAAAAUCUCGCUUUGCGAGAAGGAAGUUGUUUUAGGGGAAAAUGGAGGCGCGAGAUGAUGCAAAACUUUGAAGGAACAACAGGACGCGCGUUUUCUUCCGCCGCCGCAAAAGACGACGAGAAAAAGACGAAGGAGGUCAACAAGGGAGGAGAAAAGACGGGGGACGAAUCCACGAGUAAUCCUUUAGCCGGGAUGAUGUUUCCGUGGGAGCGCGCGGUGCUUUCUUCGCCUCGCCAAGAAGGCCCCACGCCGUGGUGGCACAAACUGUAUUGGUUCGUCUUUGCGUUUUGCGUCUUGUUAAUCGCCUCGAAUCGAGUGCGAGAACAGUUCGAACAGAAAGACGAGACGGAAAAAAGAGAGAUGAAGUUGAAGAGAAACAGAAGAGCGAUGGCGCGAGCGCUGGAAGGACGAUCGUUCGUGGGGAAUCGAGAGUACGAUCCGAGGACGGAUAGUUUACGCGGCGGGAGUCUCGAAGACGAGGAGGAGGAAGAAUCGGAUCCGUUCGAAGGGUUGGAACCGCACGAGAUUGCCGCUUUAGUCGCGAAAGAGGCGCCGGAUGGUGACGUAUACGCCGGGUGGUCGCCGGAGGAGAUUCAAGAGUACGAAGAGAAGAGUAAAAAAGAGAGAGAGAUGGAGAAGAAAGGAGUAUUUGUGAUGCCGCCGACCGCCGCGAAAAAAUGA